GACAUGUGGUUCACAUGUCAUUAUGCUUCAUCAAGUUUACCACUGUUUAAUCAAACAUUUGACUCAAUUGGUCUUUAUAGUUAAAAAGUAAAAAUAGAAUUUCUCAUUUGUCAAAUAAGAGAAAAAAGAAAAGGUCUACCGUUGGCCAACAGUAAUAUCUAGAAGGGAGGCUCAUAGGCUUGCAGUUAUGCUACAAAAAGUUUAAUUUUAAUGGUCUUAAAUACAUUCCUUACAUCUUUGUACAUCGCUAAACAGAACAUUGUUUUCAAUUGUCAAAAUAUUGAGUUGUGAAAGACUUUGUAAUUUUCUUUUAAGGCAAGUUAGACAAGAGACGACUUGAUCUCCCCAUCAUGUUCUCUAUCCUUUGCUUCAUUGGUUCUGUUCAUCGAAUUUAAAUGUGUGCAUGAGCUCUUGAUCGGCCUUCCAAGUUUCAAUUACAUCUCGCACAAUAGCAGGGAGACAGAAACACAACUGCUGCUUAUCGGAGGGAUUGAGGGAGGGAAUCCAGCCCGAAGACCAGGGAUGCAGCCCCUUUCACUUCAAAAACCACAACCAGAUGCCACCCAUAGAUAUUUGAGCUUUCAUUUGCUUUCUUAUCAACAUCUUAAGGCCAAUAAUUCAUCGGAGCUUCUUAUAUCAAAGUGUUCAAGCCAAAAAGAAAAGAGCACAAAAAUCCAGAGUUGUAGCAAUGGAAGCAGUGAACCUCAAGAAGAAAGAAUGCAAAAUCGUGGUCGCCGUGGAUGAGAGUGAGGAGAGCAUGUAUGCACUUUCAUGGUGUCGAAAUUUGUUUUCUCAAAACACAACCAACACGCUUGUGCUUCUUUACGUGAAACCUCCACCUCCUCUCUACUCUUCCUUCGACGCUGCAGGGUAUAUGUUUUCCCGCGAUGUGAUCACAGCCUUGGAAAAAUAUGGCAGUGAUCUGGUCAAUUCAGUGAUGGAAAGAGCCGAAACUAUCUAUUCAAAAUUCAGCAGCAAUAUAAAUGUGGAGAGAAUUGUUGGAAGAGGAGAUGCAAAGGAUGUAAUAUGUCAUACCGUGGAAAAGAUCAAAGCCGAUACACUGGUGAUGGGAAGCCACGGUUAUGGUUUCCUCAAGAGGACGCUUCUGGGAAGUGUGAGCGUUCAUUGUGUUAAGCAUGUUAAAUGUCCAGUGGUGAUCGUGAAGCAUCCAGAGAAGAUAUAAAGUUUCUUCUCUGUUUUCUUCGUUGAAUAUUGUCAGAUGGUUUCCACAAGCUUGUACACGAGUUAAGUUUAAUUAAAUACCUAGGCACUACAUCUUACUUCUCAA